AGAGAAUUUGAUUUAUUCAAUAGCAUAUAAAAAGUGCUACAGGAGAAAGUAAUCAUUUGUCGAAAGUUUUCCCUUAAUAGUAACGAAACUUUAUACAUAUAUUUUUUUUAAUUUAGAGCUAAUUCUGGUCAAUGUAUUAAAAUUAAUUCAGAUCCCGCAUUAAUACUGAAAAAUACCAUCUGGCUACUUUGCGAUACCGCGUGACGCUCAUAUUACAAUCGAUAUAUAUUUCGUGUUAUCGAUACUUUGACAGCUCUUGGCACGGACAUAUUUUAGUUUUACUUUUAAAAAUGGAAUGCAACGCGAAUGCAUCGUGUUUUUAGUAAUUAAAAUGUGGCUAAGGUGUAGUCCUAUGUCGGCGCCCCCCGAAUUUCACAUACGCGUGCGUCUGUAAAGAGAAAAAAUCCCGAACACAAGUGCGGAAAACGCCAGCCCCAACAGUGUGUGUGUACAGAAGGCGAAGGCUCGACUCAAACCAAUUGCAAUUUCUAAAGUGGAAGUGGUAUUGGAGUGGAGUGGUCAGGGUAGCAUCGAUACCGCCGCCAGCGCAACCGCCACCGCCACCGCCGCCAGCAGCAGCAACAGCAGAGCGCCGCAUCCGAAACCAAAUCCGAAGCAUUCGAGCUGCAUACACUUUUUCUUUUCACUACCACUAACUAGUGCUAAUAUAUUGUUGGAAAAUUCGCAAGUAGCGUGUGCGAAGGCGACAUGAUAAUAAUUUGUUCUAUUUGUAUACACUGCAUGUUUGAAUUAUUGUAAAAACAACACAGAAUUGGAGCCGCCUUAAGACGAAAACGUAAUUGGAAUCCCAAUUUGCCAAGUUGGUUGUUGGUUGCGUUCCCAAAACAAAGUCUUCACCCAAUAUGAUGAUUCAAGAGCCCGUACAGGCCGCCAUAUGGCAUUGCAUGAAUUACUACGACCUCAAGGAUGCUGUUUUCCUGGCGGAGCGCCUGUGCUCAGAAGUGGAGAGCGAUGAUACGAUAUUCCUGCUGGGCACCAGUUACUUUCGCUCCAACCAGGUGCACCAGGCCUAUUGGCUUCUGAAGGAGAAGGCGCGCAAGUCACCGCAGUGCCGAUUCCUACAAGCCAAAUGCGCCUACGAACUUAAGAAGUUCGCCGAGGCGGAGACUGCACUGAUCGCGACGGGGUUCGCGGACUCCAAGAACUUCGAGGAACUCCAAAAAGACUUCGGGGAGCUGGCCUGCUUCGCCUAUCAACUGAUGGCGCAGAUCUGCGUGCGAACGGAGCGCAAUAAACUGGCCGUUAGUGCGCUGCGACGUGCCCUCAAACUCAACCCGUUCAUGUGGCACGCCUUCGCUGACCUGUGCCUGCUGGGCCAGGACACAGACGCGGCAUCUAUAUUCCAAAUUCAAAGUACGGAUGUGUUCAACACCUGUCAGGGUACCAGCGCCAAUUCAAUGGUUCUCUUCGGCGCCGAACAGCACCUACAGCAGCAGCAGGUGAACCAGUCGCUCGUCAAUAACCUAAGCAAUAUUUCAAACUACAUACUGACCACGCCGGUGGACCAGCAGCAGCAGCAACAGCAGUCACAGCAGCUCAUCCAGAAUCAAAAUCAAAACCAGAACCACAACAGCAAUCUGAUGACGCCCAUCAAUAACAAUAACAAUAAUAACAAUCUCAACAGCUCGAUCAGUAUGCUACGCGGCGGCAGUCUGAUGCAGAACUCCAGCAUGCUGGCGAUGCUGGAGGACACGCCGAUGGGGGGCUACACCCACGAUUCGUCCGUGCAGCAACACCAGCAGCUAUACGACAUGAGCAGCGGUACACCGUUUCGAAAGCAAUUCAAAUAUCUAUCGGCCAUCUCACCACCCACACCGAGCUUCGGCGUUAUGCCACUGACUAGUCCCUGCACCGGUGGCGAUGGCUCCUUUAUUGGCGCCCACACUCCAGUAAUGAAUAUCAGCAGCUAUUCCCCGAUGCCGCAGAUGCUCGUUGAGGUUAACCAGGAGCCCAAGAUAAUGGGAAAGAAGCUGAAAACGCACGUCGGUGGCCUAAUAAAUCGCAAAGAGAGCAGCCUUAACAAGCCCGCCGUAUUUGCUCAGGCGGGUAACAUCACUCCUCGCACUCCGAACAACAAUAAUGUGGGCAAUAAUGGCAACAUAAAUGUUGCGCCCAACGCCAAUGCUGCAGUGCGUCGCAGUUCGCGGCUGUUUAGUAACUCGGCGUACUCGGUGAAGGAGAACAACAAAUCGCCCAACAUAACCAACAAUAAGUUUGUACAGCCACGCUCGCCGCCACGGAAAACCAAGUCGCGGAUGACUAAGAUCUGCCUCAAUAACGAACUGAUCGAGGAGAAGUCGCAUCAUCUCUCCGAGAAGCGCAAGGAAAAGGUGGAAACCAUUACAUCGUCGGGAGCGAACAACAACGGUAAUGGACGCACUGCCGCCGAGGAGGCCAAAGUGCUGCUGAACAACAGCCUGAACAAUGCCCAAACGAUGGCCCACCAGCUCUUGGGACUAAAGAAGCAAUCGGCCGACGGACUGAUGGCUCUGCUUCGCGACUUGGCCGAAGCCUAUCAACUGUUGUCCAACUUCCAGUGCAAGGCGGCUGUGAAGCAGCUGGAGACGACAAUACCGAAACAUCAUCUGAACUCCAGUUGGGUCCAGUCACUGAUUGGCCUGGCAAGGUACGAGAUGCGGGAGUACGAGGAUGCAAUAACCAUCUUUGAACGCAUCCACAAGGCGGAGCCAUGUCGCCUCGACUAUAUGGAGAUCUACUCCAGCUCUUUGUGGCACUUGCAACGGGAGGUGGAGCUCUCGGCUUUGGCCCAGGAUCUGAUCAACCAGAACAAGACUAACCCGGUGACCUGGUGCGUUUCCGGUAAUUGUUUCUCCCUCCAGAAGGAGCACGAAACAGCUAUCAAGUUCUUCAAACGAGCCGUGCAAGUGGAUCCGGACUUUGUGUACAGCUACACUCUCUUGGGCCAUGAGCUGGUACUGACCGAGGAAUUCGACAAGGCGAUGGACUACUUUAGAGCGGCGGUCGUCCGCGAUCCACGCCACUACAACGCCUGGUUCGGUAUUGGCACCAUCUACUCGAAGCAGGAGAAGUACGAACUGGCCGAGAUUCACUACGUGAAAGCACUGAAGAUUAAUCCACAGAACUCUGUGAUCCUAGUCCACAUAGGCGCCAUGCAGUUCUACAUGAAGAAGAAGGACCUAUCCCUGCAGACACUCAAUACAGCCGCUGCCUUGGACCCCAAGAAUCCGUUGACCCGUUUUCAUCGGGGUUCGAUAUACUUCUCGCUUGGUAAGUAUCAGGAGGCGCUGCGGGAGCUGGAGGAGCUUAAGGAGAUCGUGCCCAAGGAGUCGGUGGUGUUUUAUCUUAUUGGCAAGAUACACAAGACACUGGGCAACAUGGACCUGGCCCUGAUGCACUUUAGCUGGGCCACCGAUCUCGAUCCCAAGGGUGCCAACAACCAAAUCAAAGAUGCCUUCGACUCCAUGGCCCAUCCCAGCUGUUGUCCGGCGAACAACACAGCGCUGGACGUUGAUCUGGAGCCCACCUCUGAGCGAUCGGACGAUUCUACACAGGCGCAGCAGGAUGGCAGUUACGAAAGCGAGUACUAGAGAUCUGCGGCACUAAAUCCACGCGGUUGUAUAUACAAAAAAAAAAAAACAGAAACAUAGAAACGCAAACAGAAAUAACAUAAAAAGUAGGAUGCGAGAUGAGUCAGAGAAAUAGCCAGAUGAUUGCUGCUGAUUUGUCGCCGAGAGGGAAGCAAACCAAUUAUGAAGUAUAAUAAAGUCUAGAUAACGUUUAGAAUUAGUAAUUUAAAAUAUACAACAAAGUAAAAGGUUUAAACAAAAUUGUGCACUCUGAAAGUCUAAGGCAAAUAACAAAAAAAAAAAUUAAAUACCACUUAUAAAUAUA